GCCCCGGCCCAAACUCCUGUCUGCGCAGCCACUUCCUUAUAACUUGACAGACACGGCGAGCAGUCCGCACGGCGUAGACAGCCUCAUAGCUUGUCACUGCAGGACGACCUUUCCCGCUCUUCCCGCGCGCAAUCCCCGCGGCUUCCCGCGCCCGCGACCUUUCCGCCGCGUGGCUGCAAGCUGCAAGCGGAAGAGAUGCCUCUCAAGACCGAUGACGACUUCAAGCUUUCACCUGAACUCAUUGAAGACAUCGCCGGGCGACUCCACCGAAACGAGGUUGUGACCAAUUUGAAACUGCUCAACAGCAAGGCCGCAGCGGCUCUGCGCGGGAGCUACAGCACUAUUCGCCUAGAACAUCGCAAGCCCGUCCCGUAUCGGAACGUCUACAUCGCGUGCGCGGAGACCUGGCCUGGCGACGCUUUCGCGCGGCACUGGGGCCGCCCCGAGCCGUGGCGCUCGCUGCCCUUCCCCCGGCGCCUCCGCCUGCUGUGCCUGGCCGCCUCCAGCCACCACCCGCCCAGCCUGGGCGCCGCACUUACCCACUCUGGCGUGGGUCUGGCACCUGCGGUCAUUGAGGCCGCGGCGGCGGCCGGCGACCUUGACGCUUUCCUUCGCCUGGUGUCGGAGGGCUGCGAUUGUGCCAUGGCCGCCCUCGAGGCGGCGGCGCACUGCGGCCAGCUGCACGUCCUGCAGUGGGUGUGGGAGGAGCUGGAGCCGGGGCUGCAGCUGCGGCAGGCGUUUGACUGCGGUACCGACGAGCUUGGCCAUCUGGCAAUGUCGGCUUGCGCGGGCGGGCAGGGCCACGUGCUGACGUGGCUGGAGAGCCUCGCCGAUCCGCCGACCCAGCCGCCGACGACGGCAGCAGCCGCGGCGGGGGCAGCAGGGGCUGCGGCGACUGGCAGCAAGCACAGCAGCAACCGUGGAGGUCUGGACCACGUCCGGGUGCGUGAGAGGCUGGAGUCUUCCUUCUUCGCAAUGGCAAACCAGGCCGCGGUGCACGGCCGUACAGGGCUGCUGGACCGGCUGCUGCAGCCCGAUGGCCGUUACGCGGACGCAUUUGAGGGGCUUGCAAACUACAUGGUCAAGGAGCUUUUCCUGCACAUCGGUUCCUUUUGCCCGCUAGCAACCCUGCAGCGCUACCACGCAACCUGGGCUCCCCAUGUUUCGGAGGAGGAGAUGGUUGUCGUAGCACUGCAAGGCACCACCGCCGACUGGCGGGAGAAGUGCGAUUGCAUGCUGGAGAAGCUGGCGGCGGCGCUUGAGGAGGAGCGGGCGGCAGCUGAAGCCAUGGGGCAGCAAGCUGGCGGGGGGGUGCUGGAGGGGCCAGAGGCGCAGGAGGGGCCCGCCGCGCUUGUGGUGCGGGUGGCACGGUCAUACAUGCGCGGUUGGGGUCAGUUUGCGGAGCACUGGCCGUCCAAGAAUGUUCCAGACUUCAUGGAGCGCAUGCGCUACCUCACCGCUCUGGGCCUGCCAAGCGGGGAGUGGGAGCCGCAGGUCGCCACGGCACUCGCGGCUACGGGCAACGCGGUGACGCUGAGGCAGCUACUGGAUAUGUGGAACCCGGCUGCUGCAGGACGACGAGAGCACUCCGAGUGGCAGCGCAAAUACGGUUACCACGUGCCCGUGCUGGAGCUGCUGGUGGAGCGCUUUGGCGCCGGCGUGUUUGGGCUCGAGGAUAUCAUUGCUGCUGGCGAGUCAUACCGCAUGCCAGCUCUGCAGUACCUGGUCAACACGUGGGUGCAGGCGCAUGCCGCCGGGCAGCAGGACAGCAGCGGCAGCAAGAUCGCGGCGGGCAGUGGCGGCGCGCGCGGCUGGGGUAAAGCUCUCAGCUGCGCAGCGGAACAGGGUGCCGACCUGUCGCUGCUGCGGCUGCUGCACGAGCGCUGCGGCGCGGCCAUCGACCUGGCGGCGGUGGCGACCGGGGGGAGCGAGGACAGCAUCCAGUGGGCCGUGGGCACAUUGAGAGCGGCAAGGAGGGACGCAUCACUCACCGCCGACCAGGUGUGGCGCAUUGCCGAGUUCGGCAACCUGGCGGCGGCGGCCUGGGUCCUGGACCACGGCCUGCUGUCGCCGCGCGGCAGGGCCCUGCCGCACCCGGCGGAUUGCCCCUGCAUCUCUGCGUUCAAGCCUGCUGGCGACUACGAAUGCUGGACCAUUGGAGACCGGGGUCCGGUCAACUGCAUUCGACUGUGGGUGGCACGCCGCGCCAUGGCGGCGGCCGCAGCACCGGCGGGCUCGAGGGCUCACCAGGCUAAGGAGUGGGUGCGGCUGGAGGCGUUGGUGGCGAAUGGCAUGCCGCACCAGAAGGCGUGGCUGCGUCGGCAGCGGCCGCAGGAGCUACAGCAGGCAGUGGCGGCGUAUGAGGAGGAGGAGGAGAAGGAGAAGAAGAAGAAGAAGCCCGCGCAGCCGCAGCAGCCGCAGGCAAAGGUGAAGACGCGGUCGAGCCGUCGGCGUUAGAUGGGAGCCGGGGCUGCACACAAGGGCGCAGCAAGGCUGCCGUCCUCAGGUCGUGGGCUUCGGGCUUUGCCAGCCUUCUGGCGGCUUCUUAGAUCAUGCACAAGGCCGCAGUGUUUUCCGGAUGACGUGAAAGUGCACAGUUUGUUUAGACGUGUACCGUAGUUGGCGUCACAUGGACUGUGGCUAUGGCAGGGGCAGCAGAAGUGACGAGAAAUGGCAAUGCAGGGAUUGCGCAACUAGAGGUGAAAGCGUGCGAGUGUCGAAGGUGGAAAUGAGCUAACGCGCAAACGGCUUGCGGUACGGUAUCGGUCGUGCGUGCAUGCAGAUUAGGUCGUCUGGUUGACCCGUCUGGGUAGACCAAGAAAGUGAGUGAGGCCUGUGAGGGCAUGAUAUAUGUGGCCGUGCCGUUUACGUUUGAUGCGGACUAAUGCGACACAAAGGGCGACAUCAUAGCUCCAGCCGCCGCCAAGGUGACAGCGGGGCGCAGUGACAUGCUAUCAAAGGAUUGGCGAGGCCUGGCGUGUUUUCUUGGUUUAGCAUGUUGCGGCGGUAACUGCGCCUAAUUGCCCCGAGGCCAUUGCGUCUAAUUGCUCCGAGGCAUCCAGGCGAGGCCACAGGGCGCAUCCGCUCCAAGAUCCGCUCCACCAGGCUAUAGACCACGCAGCACGCUACCAAACGCCAGAUGACGGCCUGUACGAUACUCCAAUAUCGCAGCCAUGACAUGCCAUGCUUUUUGUCGUUAGGGGCCGAGAGGCGAGAAAGCCGGGUUGGAAGCGGGCCUGGCGGGCAGGGGGGCCUGCGGCAUGGCUAGCAUGGCCAGGAUGUCAGCAGCCGGCGGUGACAGAUACGGCAUACAGUAUGUGUGAAAGCGGUGUCAAGGAGGGACAUUAAGAUGAUCAUUUCCCGUAAUCCCGCUGUGUCCUGCGGUGUCUGCAAGCGGAAACGUGAACACUGCGAUCCAAGAAUC